AUGACCGCUUCAACAACGUUUGCCGCGUCGGCAGCAAUCCUUUCGGGGGCAACGAUCGUCGGAUGUCUCUUCUUCGCCGCUCAAAUCUUCAAUGAGGUCAAUUCCCUGUAUGAUGACGUCAUGGUCGACAUGGAUGCUUUCAAGGUGAAGUCCAACAUCGCCUGGGACGCUAUCAACGACGUCGUCGCACCAAAGGGAGGAAACCCAUUCAUUCGUGAGAAGAGAGGAUACGCUCAGUAUGGAGGAGGACAUGGUGGAGGUGGAUAUGGAGGUGGUGGACACGGAGGAGGUCAUGGAGGAGGUUACGGAGGUGGUAUGGGAGGAGGUGGCGGUGGUGGAUACGGAGGUGGUGGCGGCGGCGGCGGAGGUUGCCAAUGCUCCCCAAGCUCCAACACCUGCCCACCAGGACCACGUGGACCACCAGGACAAGCCGGACUCGAUGGACUUCCAGGAGCCCCAGGACAGCCAGGAGCCAACGGAGGAGCUGGAUCCAACGGACAAUCUGAGGGAGGAGCCGGAGCAUGCAAGACCUGCCCAGCCGGACCACCAGGACCACCAGGACCAGCCGGACAAGCUGGACGCCCAGGAAACGACGGGCAGCCAGGAGCCCCAUCCUACGGAGGAGGUCCAGGAGCACCAGGAGCCCCAGGACCAGCCGGAGACGCCGGAUCCCCAGGACAACCAGGAGGACCAGGACAGCCAGGACGUCCAGGAAAGAAUGCUCAAGGAGGAUCUCCCCGUCCAGGACCACCAGGACCACCAGGACCACGUGGACCACCAGGAAACAAUGGAGCACCAGGAGGUGGAUACGGAGUUGGACCACCAGGACCACCAGGACCAUCUGGACGCCCAGGAGGCCCAGGACAGCCAGGACCAGACGGACAGCCAGGAGCUCCAGGAAAUGAUGGAACUCCAGGAACCGACGCCGCCUACUGCCCAUGCCCAUCCCGUGGAGGUGGUGGAUACGGAGCUGGAGGACAUGGAGGAGCCGCCGUUGGAGGGGGAGCCCAUCCACAAGGAUACUCGAGAAGAAAGGUAGCUCGCAAGGUUUUGGCCAAGAAGCGCGUCGCUGUUCACCGUCGUGUUGCUGUCAACCGUCAAGCUGCUUAA